GCGGUUCUAGCUUCCUAAAAAGGCGGUGAAUCCGAAGCUAAAUUUCGAGAAUCCUAACUGAUUCUAUUUCUACUACUAUAAGUCCCAAUUAUAUAAUUCUGGGUUAUACUUCUUUCCUUGUUCAAUCUCCUAUUCCAACAUGUGGUUUUCCCAGUACCUGAUCCAGAAUUUUCCCUCCGAUUCCUACUCUCUUGCUCGUGAGGGCUUUUCCGAUCACUUGUUUCUCUAACAUUUGUUUUCUUCCUUCCCGAUAUGGACUCCGCUGAGGAUUUCGUGGAGAAAGAUCCGUCUGGUCGAUACGUUCGCUAUAACGAGUUCUUGGGAAAGGGGGCAUUCAAGACUGUGUAUAAGGGUUUUGACGAGGACGAUGGAACGGAGGUUGCGUGGUGCCAGGUUGACAUCGACGACGUGUUGCAGUCGCCCGAGGAGGUUCAGCGAUCCUUGUAUGCGGAGGUAAAUUUGAUCAAGUCUUUGAAGCAUGAAAACAUAAUUAAGUGUUAUAAUUCGUGGGUUAAUGACGAGAAGAAGACGAUUAACAUCAUUACCGAGUUGUUCACUUCUGGGAGUUUGAGGCAGUAUCGGAAAAAGCACAAGAAUGUUGAUUUGAAGGCCAUCAAGAACUGGUCCAGGCAAAUCCUGAGGGGUUUGCACUAUCUUCACACUCACAAUCCGCCGAUUAUUCAUAGAGAUUUGAAGUGUGAUAACAUCUUUGUUAACGGGUUUAAUGGGCAAGUUAAAAUUGGGGAUUUGGGAUUAGCUAUCGUUAUGCAGCAGCCUUUUGCCCGGAGUUGCAUCGGGACACCGGAAUUCAUGGCUCCCGAGCUUUACGACGAGGAGUAUAAUGAGCUUGUUGACAUAUACUCAUUUGGCAUGUGUGUUUUGGAGAUGGUUACUGGUGAAUAUCCAUAUAGUGAGUGCACAAACCCGGCGCAAAUAUUUAAGAAGGUCACCUCUGGUGUGAAGCCCGCUGCUCUUAGCAGAGUGGGUGAUCCUCAGGUUAAGCAGUUUAUUGAGAAGUGCCUGGUUCCAGCAUCUUUGAGAUUGUCUGCAGAGGAGCUCUUGAAAGACCCAUUCCUGGCUUCUGAAAAUUCGAAGGAUCGUGUUUGCAAUACCCUGCUGUUAUCCAAUUUUAUGCCCAAAUUCAUGAGUUCGCCAAAGCCUCAAUCUUGUGUUAGUACGAACAAUUUGGCUUCUGAAAGUUCCGAGGAGCUUGUUUGCAAUCCCCUGCAGUUAUCCCAUCUUGUGCCCAAAUCCAUGAACUCAGCAAAGCUUCAACUCCUUACUCUACAGAUGGACCCCGACUGGCAGAAGCUUUUGGUUGGCAUGAGGAAUAGAAGUUUGUCAAUCAUCUCUUCCUUUGCCCUUGCAAACAAAGGUCUUAAGCUCGAUCUUGAUGCAGUACACAUGCAAAACCAGCAAUGCCUUAGCCAACUCUUGAGGCAGAGGGAGGAAGUAGCAGAAGAUGCAAAAGGGAGGUGGAUCAUAAAGAAGAUACCUGUUAUAUGAUGUUUGACUUUUCCUUCCCUUUGGCGAGCCCCCAUUUCGUAUGUUAGGAGAUCAUAUUCUUUAUUCAAGUUCUGAUUCAGAGGAGUCUAUAAUAAUACUCCAUCUUCAAUCCCAUUUGAGAUGUGAGGAUUAUUAACUGUUUGCUGUCUGAUUUGAGAUCCAUGGUCUUAUUUUAUUCCUGUAUGUUCGGUAGGAAGAAAUUUUUAAUAUUCUAUAGCAAAAUUUUUUGCUCUUGUUUGUAUAUUACUUCAAAGCCUUGCUCUUCCAAAUCCAGUUUUGGCCUGCGGUAAUGUGAUCAGGAUUUCAUCUCCUAAAUUCUUAUUUCAAUGGAACCAAGAAACGGAAAGAGUUGCUCUAAA